AUUAAAAUGUCUAAGUGCCACGGCAUGCAUAGCUACAUUCUUAAUUACAAAAUGGCGAAGGAGACAUUUAUCAAUGUAUGAUACAAUUGAAGAAUUCCUCCGAAGUCACAAUAACCUCAUGCCUAUCAUGUAUUCUUAUUCAGACAUCAAGAAGAUGACUGGAGGUUUCAAAGAUAAAUUGGGUGAGGGAGGCUACGGUUCAGUAUACAAAGGAAAGCUUGCAAGUGGCAGAAUUGUGGCAAUAAAGAUACUGGGCAAGUCAAAAGCCAAUGGACAAGAAUUUAUCAAUGAAGUUGCUACAAUUGGGAGAAUUCAUCACACUAACAUAGUGCAACUUAUUGGAUUUUGUGCUGAAAGAUCUAAGCGUGCCCUCGUUUAUGAAUUUAUGUGCAGUGGAUCUCUUGAGAAAUACAUUUUUUCACAAAAGCAAGACGUUGCUUUGAGUUGUGAAAAAAUAUAUGAAAUUUCUUUGGAUAUUGCUCGAGGAAUUGAAUAUCUUCACAGAAGCUGUAGUGUACAAAUUUUGCAUUUUGACAUCAAACCUCACAAUAUUCUCCUCGAUGAAAAGUUCAAAGCUAAAGUGUCAGAUUUUGGACUCGCAAAACUAUAUCCUACAGAAAAUAGUAUAGUGUCUCUCCUAGCACCAAGAGGAACAAUGGGUUACAUGGCUCCAGAAUUAUUCUACAAGAACAUUGGAGGGGUAUCUUACAAAGCUGAUGUUUAUAGUUUUGGAAUGUUGUUGAUGGAAAUGGUUGGUAGAAGGAAGAAUUUGAAUGCAUUUGCAGAUCAUUCAAGCCAAAUUUAUUUCCCCUCAUGGGUUUAUGACCAAUUUAGCGAAGGAAAAGACAUAGAAAUUGAAGAUGCAACAGAGGAGGAAAAGAAAUUAACCAAGAAAAUGAUGAUAGUAGCAUUAUGGUCCAUACAAAUGAGGCCUAGUGAUCGUCCCUCGAUGAACAAAAUUGUAGAGAUGCUCGAAGGAGAAGUUGAAUCAUUGCAUAUGCCUCCCAAACCUUUUCUAUCUCCACAAGAGCUGCAUCAACUGGAUGUUGGAAUCAACAUGAAAGCACCAGCAUUACCAAACUCAUCAAAUGAUAGAACAGAUUCUGAAAAUUCAGUUGCAAGUCCAACCUGAGUGAUCUUACAUCAGAGGAGUGCCCUUAUUAUCUGAGAAGUGCAAUUUAGGCAGUUACUCAUUUCCUGAAUAUAAUAUGAUAUAGAUCCCUUGUGGUUUAGCCUAGUAUUCAAUGCUAUAUACAUGCCACUUGUUCUGAUAGAAGCGUAAAAUGUUGAGUACAUCUUCCAAUGAAAUAAGA